AUGGAUGUUGAUGCCGUGACCGGUACCAAACGCAAGGCCGAUGCGGACAACGAUGAGCCAGCGCCGCCGCCACGUCGUAUUCGCGCGCUUGAUAUUGAUGUGGUGAACAAAAUCGCCGCUGGCGAAAUCAUUGUUGCACCCGUCCACGCGCUCAAGGAGCUUCUGGAAAAUGCCAUCGAUGCUGGCAGUACUGCACUGGAAGUUCUCGUAAAGGACGGUGGGUUGAAACUACUCCAAAUCACGGAUAAUGGAUCCGGAAUCCAAAAGGAUGAUCUUGCCAUUCUUUGUGAGCGGCACACCACGUCCAAGAUUGCCGCUUUCGAGGAUCUCGCCGCCAUUUCCACAUAUGGCUUUCGCGGCGAGGCUCUUGCCAGUAUAAGCCAUAUUGCGCAUCUGACAGUCACUACCAAAACAAAGGAUUCGGCUCUGGCCUGGCGUGCGCACUAUUUGGACGGCAAGCUUGUGCCCAGCAAGCCCGGUCAGCCAGCGGAGCCGAAAGGCGUCGCCGGUCGCCCGGGAACCCAGAUUGCGGUCGAAGACUUGUUCUUCAGUAUACCUACCAGACGAAAAGCAUUUCGGUCAUAUGCGGAUGAAUUCAACAAGAUUCUAGACAUGGUUGGGCGAUAUGCCAUUCACUCCACCGGCGUCGCUUUUACUUGCAAAAAGGCUGGCGAAUCAUCUGCAAGUUUGUCGAUCCCGGCGGCCGCGUCCGCGAUUGAUCGAGUUCGCCAAAUCUAUGGCGGUGGCGUUGCAAAUGAGCUGGUGGAGGUCUCUGCUUCGGAUGAACGCUGGGGUUACAAAGCGAGUGCGCUCGUGACCAAUGCCAAUUACCACAUCAAGAAGACGGCUCUGGUGCUGUUCAUCAACCACCGUGCUGUAGAGUCGACGAAUAUAAAAAUGGCUAUCGAGCAGGUAUACUCGGCAUUCUUGCCCAAGGGCGGACACCCUUUUGUGUACCUGAGUCUCGACAUUGACCCGGCAAGAGUCGACGUAAAUGUACAUCCCACCAAGAAGGAAGUACAUUUUCUCAACGAAGAUGAGAUUCUUCAUGACAUUUGCAACAAAAUCACCGAAGCCUUGACAGCAGUUGACACGAGCCGCACGUUCAAAACUCAAACCCUGAUUCCCGGCGCCGCACGGGUUGUCAAGUAUCCAGCAAAAGAUGGCGAAGGACCAGUAGACACGGUGCUGGCGAGCGUCGAGUACGACACCGUCGACCGCGACUACGUCUCGUGCUCGCUUGGCAGCAUCAAGCAGCUGCGGGCCGAGGUGCGAGCCGACAUGCACCGCGAGCUGACCGACAUCUUCUCGACGCACACGUUUGUCGGCAUCGUGGACGAGCAGCGACGCCUCGCGGCCAUUCAAGGCGGCGUCAAGCUGUUCCUCGUCGACUACGGACACACGUGCUUUGAGUAUUUCUACCAGCUCGGCCUGACAGAUUUUGGCAACAUGGGGGCUAUCCGCUUCAGCCCGCCGCUGGACCUGACUGAGCUGCUGACGCUGGCCGCCACGGAAGAAAAGGCGCUGCUGCUCGGCGCUAACAACAACAACGACGACGACGACGACGACGACGACGACGACGACGACGACGAUAAUGACGAUAACAGGUUUGACACCCCCGCCAUUGUCGCGCGUGUCCGCGACACGCUCGUCGAGAAGCGCCAGAUGCUACUCGAGUACUUUUCGCUCGAAAUCUCGCCCGCCGCUGAGCUCGUCAGCCUCCCGCUCCUCGUCAAGGGCUACACCCCGCCGCUCGGCAAGCUGCCGCGCUUCCUGCUGCGUCUCGGCCCGCACGUCGACUGGAGCGGCGAGCGCGCCUGCUUCGAGACGUUUCUGCGCGAACUCGCCACGUUUUACGUGCCUGAGCAGCUACCGCCCGGGCCGGUCCCUGGGCAAACCGUGGUGGUGGAGGAGGGGGCGGCGGCGGCGGCGGCGCAGGAGGAAGAGGAGCAGCAGCUGCAUCCGGAGCUGCGCAGGAGGAGGCAGCACGUGCGGUGGGCUGUUGAGCAUAUCUUUUUCCCGGCGUUCAAGGCGCGGCUGGUGGCGACGCGCUCCCUCAUGGAUGGCGGCGUGCUGGAGGUGGCGAGCCUAAAGGGCUUGUAUCGUGUCUUUGAGCGUUGCUAA